AUGGCAAGGGGUUUGAUGGCACUAGGUGGUGGUGGCGGUGGCGGAGAGAAAGUAGGCACAACGGCUUCAAGCUGUGGGGCGCUGCUCUUGCUUUGCAUGGUCAUCAUGUCUCUCUCUAUUAUAUCCAUGGUCAUAUUUGCUUGUGGGGAUGGUAGUAAGGCUUCUACUUCACCUCGCAAGAAAAAAAGGAAGGACGCAGGAGAUUGUGGAAAUUGUGGUGAUUGUCUUUCUCUUUGUUGUGGAGAUGGUUGCGGUGGAGGUAGUGGGGAUGGUGGCGGUGGCGGUGGUUGUGGGGGUGGUGGCGGUGGUUGUGGAGGUGGUGGUGGAGGUGGCAGUGGCGGUGGCGGGGGUGGAGGUUGCUGA